CUAACCAAACACACGGGUCGCAGGUAAUUCGGGACUAGGCAUUUCUGGGAGCAGUCGUGCACAGUUGCCGAGCUGUUUUAAUGCAUGUGCACUUCUCCGUCUGGUUCUUUGUCAAAUCCGUGAGGGUGAUGGUUCAUGGUUCGCUGACUUUGCAGAGAAACGCGUGAGAACAACAACUCCCUCAGUUUGACUGCUGACGACCGCUGUAGUAGAGACACUGGCGGUCAGAUUACUGGGCGGAGAAAAUCGGAUGAUCCAGAGCAAUCCAGCGCCGUUAGCGAAACAGACACCUGUCAAACCUUAAUGCCUGAGUUUGAACCUCUUUGCUUCAGGGGACGACUGACCACGUGCAGCCAGCAGAACUAAUUAGCGAAAGCCAAAGAUCACGGUACUAUACGCACCAGAAACCAUGGAGAAGACAGGAGUAAACGGGCACAACCGUCGCCAUGACAACGAUCUCGGCAAUGGAUACCGAAAAGUGCCACUUGAUGUUGUUUCGGACGAGGACACGGACUCUGACUCAGACACCCGCUGUGGAAUCGGGGCGUGCAAACCGGGCUGUCUGCAAGUUUUCUCAAACAUGGUCAGCUUUUCGCUUUAUUACGGACUUUCCAGUUUGGUAACGUCAGCGCUGUCGAUGUACCUGACGUCACAGGUAACGACGCUCGAAAGACAGUUCGGGAUGAGCAGUUCGGAGACAGGCAUGCUGCUCAGUAUGAACGACUUCGGCUUCUUGAUCUUCGUUCUGGUUGUCAGUCAUUUAACAAGAUAUGCCCACAAACCUCGAAUACUUGGCGUUUGCGUGGUGGCUUUUGGCUGUUCUGCCAUCUUUAGUGCUGUUCCUCAUUUUAUAUCACCGGAGCCAUUCAUACCGGACAACAACAGUACUAACCUCACCGUCGCCAUGCAACACCAGCUAACCGUGGACAAGUUCAGCGGCGAGAGCUUGUGUGUACCGAAAGUGACGUCACUUCGCACUGACCGCAACAUGACGUCACCGCCUGAUCAAAUGUGCUCCCGUUCGGAAGAGCAGACAAAAGCCACGUCAAAGUUGAUAGCUUUAGGCAUCAUAUCGGCGGGCAUGUUCAUGCAGGGAAUAGCCAAGUCUCCACGGAUGGCGCUCACCCAAACUUAUAUAGACGACAAUGUUGUCAAAACAAAGACAGGCAUUUAUAUAGGUCUGAUAGCUUGCCUAUCGAUAUUUGGACCUGCUACAGCGUUUGCCGUCGGGGCAAAGAUCAGCAGGAUUUAUGUGACGUUACAAGACACUCACCUCUCGACAAAGGAUCCCCGCUGGAUUGGAGCUUGGUGGCUGGGAUUCAUCGUCUUUGGAAUUGUGGCGAUCCUCAUUUCGGGACCUCUCUUCCUCUUCCCACGCCGCAUGGUCAUCAAGUCCAAGAACGUGGAAAAGCAACGCCAUGCUCGAGCGUUACAGCUACAGAGGGACGAAGCACAGGGGCUAUUCGCCAAAGUGAAAGAUCUACCGGUGGCUCUUUGGAGACUAGUCACCAACUUUACCUACAUUUCCAUCCUCGUCGCCAGCACGUUAGAUUUCUUCUGCAUGGCCGGUGGUAUUUCGUUUGCGCCGAAAUUCUUUGAGGUUUACUUCGGACUCUCCGUGUACAAGGCCAACAUGAUCAUGGGUACCACCACCAUAGUCGCAGCGUCCACGGGCAUGCUAGCUGGUGGGAUCCUUACCACCAAGCUAAAAUUAAAGCUGGUCGGCUGUAUCAAACUUAUGAUCGUUGCUCGCUCUAUCUCGGGCAUUAUUUCCACCAUUCCACUCUUCCUGGACUGUCCUCCACCUUACAUUGAAGGCCUAGAGCAAUACGGGAUGUCUAGCACAUUCCCGCCUAGACCUCCAGUUAGCCAAAGCUCUUGUCUGGGGUGUUCAUGUCAUGGCUCUGCCUACUUUCCGGUCUGCGGAUCCGAUGGGCGGAACUACUUUUCCCCAUGCGUGGCUGGGUGCUCUCAGAAAAUGGGCUAUUUGUACAGCAACUGCACGUGUGUGUCCAAUACAACAACAACAUCAGCCCCCGAAAUUUUGGGAGUGACAAACAGUACGGAGUUCACGGCCACACCCGGGCUUUGUUCCUCUGAGUGCAAUCUGCUGACUAUUUUCAUCGUGACACAGGUGAUUGCGGCGUUUUGUGGGACGACGUCGGCCAUGCCGCAUACAGUUGCUAGUCUGAGAAGUGUGGAGGAGAGAGACAAGACGCUGUCUGUAGGUUUGUCCUCUUUUCUGCAAUCGGUCUUUGGCUGGAUGUUGGGCCCUGUGGUAUUCGGUUACAUAGUGGACAGCACGUGUUCUCUAUGGCACAACUCGUGCUCGAAACGAGGCUCUUGCGCUAUAUACGACUCUUAUGAUUUGCGGAACAAACUGCACGGCAUAGGCAUCGGCGGCCGCCUCAUCUGCAUCGUCCUCUUCACUCUAUGCCUGAUACGAUUGUUGUACACCGCCAAAGGGAAGGAGUUCGUCGAGCGGAGCAACAAUGCGCAUGCGCCAAAGGACGCAGAGGACGCCGAACAGAAAGAAAAAAUGGUGGAACUGGAGGAGACACAUCUAGAACCUGUCAGAGUGUCUUCGCUAUGAUUGAGUGUGACAAACUAAACAGUGAGACUAAAUAUGCUGUCUAAAUGUUGAAAGCAAAAACUUCAAUCACCCCAGAUGUUAACGUUACUAUAUUCUGUACAUAUACAAGCAUUCGUUGCAGUGUUUCCAUGGACCAUGCGCACAGACCAUGCGCACGGACCUGGUAACUGUGAUUCUCGUGCACCCCAGCUUAAAUUCCUCGCCUUAUGCUUGAAAAAUGGGACAUUAAUCUAUUCUUUUCGCCCUGCAUUCACGCGCCGAAACACUCCAACCUAGUUGAAAUUUGUUUUAACGGAAGAGUUAACAGACGAAUAAUGGCAAACGCAGUAUAUGUAUCCCUGUAUAAACAUGAAGAAAUAGUAUCCAUGUUAGAAUAACUUCAAGCGCAUUAACAUGCAUACGUGUCACGUA